CUUACUUACUGUUUUUUCUCCAUUAAUUAUAAUUUUCCCUUUUCCCAAACUUUAAACCCUAUAAAAAUAUUUAGUUCAUGUCUCUUUAAAAAAAAUCGAUCACAUUCUUGCAUUUCUCCAAGAUCUUCAGAAAUUCUGAAGUUUAUAGAUCUGAAGAUCAUCGAUUAAAUUUCGAUUCAGUUGGAAAAGGUAAAAUUGAGUAGAAAUGGUGAAAGUAACGAUGAUUGCGCGUGUAAUGGAUGGUCUACCAUUAGCAGAAGGUUUAGAUGAUGGGCGUGAUGUGCAAGAUGUAGAAUAUUACAAGCAGCAAAUCAAAGCUUUGUUUAAGAAUCUCUCGAAAGGUCAAAAUGAUCCUUCUAGAAUGUCAGUUGAGAGUGGACCGUAUAUAUUUCACUAUAUCAUUGAGGGAAGCGUUUGCUAUUUGACAAUGUGUGAUCGGUCUUAUCCAAAGAAGCUUGCAUUUCAGUACCUAGAAGAUCUCAAGAAUGAAUUUGAGCGUGUAAAUGGGAAUCAGAUAGAAACUGCUGCUAGACCUUAUGCAUUCAUUAAGUUUGAUACAUUUAUACAAAGAACAAAGAAAUUGUACCAGGACACCCGUACCCAGAGGAACAUUGCCAAACUGAAUGAUGAGCUUUAUGAAGUGCACCAAAUAAUGACUCGGAAUGUACAAGAAGUCCUUGGUGUUGGCGAAAAGUUGGACCAGGUCAGCCAAAUGUCCAGUCGCUUAACAUCUGAAUCGCGGAUCUACGCUGAUAAGGCUAGAGACCUAAAUCGACAGGCCCUAAUCAAAAAAUGGGCUCCUGUAGCCAUUGUAAUUGGAAUUGUGGUUCUACUCUUCUGGGUCAAAAAGAAGAUCUGGUGAUGCACACUGGCUUUUGGUGGCAUCCUGAAAAAAUCUAUCCAUCUACAGACAUCUGCGUUAUUUCAGCGGUUUACACUUCGAAGAUAUGGGCAUCAUCACACUAGUUCAGCUUCUGAUUUCGUGUUUGGAAAAUGAACUAGACAGACAUGACAUGUUCUUUUAGUGAUAUGGAAACUGUAUACAUCGACUUUGUUGUAGAUUACAUAUACUCAUUUUGAUGUUAAAAUUUUGAGAUAGCGAAACUUGAAGGCUCAGAGUUAUAGUAUAGACUAAAGAGCUUUCAGCAAAUCAUUUUCGAGUCAUUUUGGUAUUCCUUGAACAAAUUCAGACGUUACAACACCGUGUUGUGUA